AUUAAUUUUCAUCAUCUCCUCAAUGGUCCACACAAUACAAAAUGCUGGCCAUACAACAUAAUGUUUCUGCUAUCUCUCUCUAUAUAUAUGGCUAUAACAUUUCACAUAUGCAUAAGCCACUCACCAGAUAGUGCAUUAACAAAGCCUUCCUUGAGAUCAAUUACUUACUUUCCGUUUCUUGAAUAAGGAAAACAAUUCAACACUCAGAUGGGUAUUCGCUUGCCCAGAGUUGCUGAUGCCAGGAAGAUCCUCAGGAGACUUGUUUCAACUCCAGUGGCUGCAGAUGUCCCCAAAGGCCAUGUUGCUGUUUAUGUUGGUGAGAACGAGUGGCAGCGCUUCGUGGUCCCAGUUUCGUAUCUGAAUCAUCCCUGGUUUCAGAGCUUGCUCAUCCGAGCUGAAGAGGAGUUUGGAUUCGAACAUCCAAUGGGUGGUCUUACAAUCCCUUGCACAGAAGAAAGCUUCACCGAUCUGAUUUGCAGUUUGAGAUCAUCUUUGUAACUGAGGAGGAGGAGGCAGACUCUACUAUAGAUUAGCACUUAGGAAAAAGCAGUCCAGUUUUGCAUUAGAGGACUACGUUGCUUCUUGUAAAUCAACUUAAAUCUCUCUCUCUAUAUAUGUAUAUAUAUUCAUUUCCUCAGUUGAGAUGACAAGAAAUGUGGAUGUUUCUAUUA